UGUUUUGUUUUUUUAGGUGAUUGCCCGAAAAAAAUUAAACAGGUCUAUGUCCCAAAGCCUGUUGUGUUCCAAGGUGCUCAUACUAGCAAGGGGCCAGAGACUGGUGGUUUCUAUCCGGUCCCUGUUCCUACAGAGUCGAAGGCAGUGCAUAUCUCUCUCCAGUCGAGCAGUUGUUUGAGACGGCCCUCUCAAGGAAAGGUGCUGUGUACCCCCCUGCCCCAGCCAUCGAAAUCUGGUGAUUUUCAAUAUAAGGUAAGAGUAAAUAUCAUGAAAGCUGUUGGAUGAAGAAUCUGAUGCGACCCCAUCAAAGGGUUUGAUGUGGAGUGAGUGGAGUGGAGCAGAGCAGAGGACCCCGCAUCCUGGCUUUUUGCCACUACCAACUUCAAUGAAACGUCACCACAUUUCUGUUAGUUGCUCUGUAUCAUAAUGGAUGCACAGCGCAGAUAUAUCUGGUACUCUCGGGGCCUUUUGAUCUCUCUCUCUCUCUCUCUCUCAAUCGCUUGAAGCUGUGCUGCUGUGACCACGUACAGUUACGCUGCUAGCUACUUUCAAUUAUCAACUUCUACUCGAAAGUUGAGACAACAGGGACUUCAUUCUCCUUGAAAAUUGUUCUAUAAAUGGGCCAGUUGGGCAGUCCCAAAUGACGUGUCCUUGAGGCAGUGGUUUAGUCUACGUGGAGCUGACCUGGCUGUAUGCACUCUUCAAACUAAACACUUUUUUUCCCAUUUAAGUCCCCCUCCCUCUUAAACCUUUGCCCAUACAAACCUCUCCCCUUCCCUUCCUCUCCACUCAAAAGCCACUCCUUUUCGUUGCACUCCACCACCCCCCCAAUUAAACCCUCAUCUCUCUCUCUCUCUCUCCAGCAGUGAGAUAUGGCAACAAAACCAGGUGACGAAGGCUCAUCAGAACCGCCCCUGAAAUACCGGACAUGGAUCUUGAAGGUCUCUAUCCACUGCGAAGCCUGCAAGAAGAAAGUCAAGAAAGUUCUUCAGAACAUUGAUGGUGUUUAUACCACCACGAUUGAUUCUCAGCAACAAAAGGCUACGGUGACCGGGAACGUGGAUGGGGAGACGCUGAUCAAGAAGCUGGCAAAGACCGGGAAACAUGCCGAGCUCUUGCCGGAAAAUUUCGAGAAGAAGCCCGGCAAGUCAAAGAAUAACAAGAAACAAACCAACCCUGAAGGUGUCGGAAAUCAACAGAAGGGUCCCGAAGACAAAACUGGAAACCCUGCUAAAAGCGGCGGCGGCGGCGGAGGAGGAGACCAGUCGCCGGCGGACAGCGGCGAAGAAGGUGAUGAAGUCGAGGAGUCUGCUCAGCCUGCUAGCGGCCCGGCCAAUGGAGGCAAGAAGAAGAAAAAGAAGGGUAAGAAGGGAAAUAAAAUGGAGGGUCCAAAUGGUGGGGAUGCUCCGGCGGGCACUGGAUUUCUUCCGCCGGCCGGUGGCGUGAACCCACCUAUUGGGUCGAUGAAUCCUGGCCCUCCGUCUCAUCAAUUUGACCCCUAUCAACCGGCGGCCUACUAUCUUCCCCCUGCUUAUGGACUGAGUUACAAUGCGGCGCAUCCCAGUACCAGCUCUUCAUAUUAUGCUCCGAUGGUGCAUGCAUACACCCAGACACGCACAGAUUAUCCGCCACCUCCACCGUCGAAUCCCAUCCAUGCAAUCAGCCACGAUGAUGAUGACAACUACUAUGACGAUGAUGAGGGUGGAUGCUCAAUCAUGUGAGAAAGUUUUCGUCAUAUAUAUGAGACAUGAAUUUUUAUAUAAAUGAAUGUGUUAUAUAUAUAUAAGUAUGUAUGUAUGUUUAGCACUAUGUAUAAGAAUUAAUAGAAUUGGAGGGUACGUAUAUGUAUGAUGGAAUUAGGGUUGGAAAUAUUCAAGAGAAAUAAGAGCACUAGUUUGGAGGGUUUUCAAUGAUUUUUGCUAUUUUCCUUUUCUUUUU